CGCGUACUAGCAGCAUAUAAACAGUUCACGGGCGAGGCGAGCGAGCGAGGUGGCCAUUUCUUUUUCUUCUUCUACUCCUGCUGCCGCCGCCGCCAGUACGUUCCAGGAUCACCGGAGCCCCGGAGGAAGAGCAAAGCGUACCGGAGGGAGGAAGAUGAGGUGGACGGCGUUCGCGUGGGAGAGCGCGUCCCGGGCCUUCAACAACCGCCCCACCUUCACCGGCCUCGUCGUCGUCCUCGCCGCAAGUAGUGGAGGAGGCCUCGUCGCAUAUGCGGAUUCUCAGCCGGACCAGCCCCAAGGAUUUAAAAAGAAGAAAGUAGUGGUUCUUGGAACUGGCUGGGCUGGCACCACAUUCCUGAGGAAUCUUGAUAGCAAACUGUAUGAUGUCCAGGUCAUUUCACCUCGGAACUACUUUGCAUUCACACCCUUGCUCCCAAGUGUUACCUGUGGAACAGUUGAACCAAGGAGUGUUGUUGAGCCAAUCCGUAGGAUUCUGGAGAAGAAAGGUGGAGACUUCAAAUUCUGGGAAGCAGAGUGCUUCAAGAUUGAUCCAGCAAACAAAAAGAUUCAUUGCCGCUCAAAUGUGGGGACAAAUCUUGAUGGAAAUGGAGAGUUCUUAGUUGACUAUGACUAUCUGGUGGUAGCAGUUGGAGCUAGGUCUAACACAUUCAAUACUCCCGGUGUGACAGAGAAUUGCCACUUUCUGAAGGAAGUAGAGGAUGCCCAAAAGAUCCGAAGGAGCGUGAUGGACUGCUUUGAGAAGGCAAGCCUCCCAUACCUUAAUGAAGAAGAGAGGAAGAAGAACCUUCACUUUGUUGUUGUGGGGGGUGGACCUACGGGCGUUGAAUUUGCAGCAGAGUUGCAUGAUUUUGUUACUGAAGAUCUAUCCAAGCUCUAUCCUUCCAUUCAGCAUCUUGUCAAGAUAUCACUGAUCGAAGCUGCAGAUCACAUACUGACUAUGUUCGACAAGAGAAUUACCAACUUUGCCGAGGACAAGUUUGGGAGGGAUGGCAUUGAUGUUAAAACUGGAUAUAAAGUUGUGAAGGUUUCUAAAGAUGCAAUUACCAUGCAAAAUCCAGCUACUGGCGAUAUUGCAGUUCCUUACGGAAUGGCUGUCUGGUCCACCGGUAUUGGAACCCGCCCAUUCGUUGUGGACUUCAUGAAACAAAUUGGACAGGCCAAUCGUCGUGUCCUUGCUACUGAUGAAUGGCUAAGGGUGCGUGAAUGUGAUGAUGUCUAUGCAGUAGGUGACUGUGCUACCAUAAACCAGCGGAGAGUAAUGGAGGACAUCUCAGAAAUAUUCAGAGUUGCAGACAAAGAUAAAUCUGGAACCUUGACUGUGAAAGAAAUCCAAGACAUCCUGGAGGAUAUCUACGUGAGGUAUCCGCAAGUAAAACUAUACAUGAAGAGCAAGCAAAUGAACGGAAUUGCAGAUUUAAUAAGAACUGGCAAAGGUGACACUGAAAAGGAAUCUGUAGAUCUAAGCAUUGAAGAGUUUAAGAAGGCUCUUUCACUUGUGGAUUCACAAGUCAAGAAUCUACCUGCAACAGCUCAGGUUGCUGCACAGCAAGGACAGUAUCUUGCGACGUGCUUUAACAAGAUGCAGGCUGCUGAAGAAAAUCCUGAAGGUCCGAUCCGCAUUAGGGGAGAAGGCCGUCAUCGUUUCAACCCCUUCAGGUACAGGCAUUUAGGCCAGUUUGCCCCACUAGGAGGGGAGCAAACCGCUGCACAGCUCCCUGGUGACUGGGUCUCCAUCGGCCACAGCUCACAGUGGCUCUGGUAUUCCGUCUACGCAACCAAACAAAUAAGCUGGCGCACGAGGGCACUGGUGAUAUCUGACUGGGGCCGUCGCUUCAUCUUCGGUAGAGACUCGAGCGGCAUAUAGUCAAAGGAGAUAUGAUUUUGUUUGCGGCAUAUACAGAAGCUAAGCUAAGGCCAGUAGUGGUACCUUCCACCAAAGUCUGUUCUUGCAGAUGCAUAUAAUCCUUUUUUGUCAGGGAAAGAAUAAAAGCAACCCUGCACUUCCCUAGUGCUCCACGGAAAAAAUUCCUUUGUACUUACCUUUUACUCUCGAGAGUUCUACUUGUGCGGCAUGCGUAAACUCGCAGAUUAAUUUUGUACUAGUUUUUCUUACGACAAAGGUAAGCAAAAGGCCAGUUUGGACCUGUUUUUGUUCUGGAAAAUCCUGUUUGUGUGAAGGCCUGAUUUUGUCAUGAGAAAUAUACUGUUGAUGUGGAGGCCAGAUUUUGUGCUGUGAAA